CGCUGACGCCGUUGAACUUCAGCAGCGUGAGGAUUGAGGUAUGAUGGCAGAGGCACAGGCAUCACACGACUUCUGCCACAAUCCAGGCUCCCUCUUGCAGGGCUUACAGGAACUGCGAUCUGACAACCUCCUGACAGAUGUUGUCCUUUGUGUCUCUGGAAAAGAGAUUCCAUGCCAUCGAAGUGUUCUGGCUGCCUGUACUGAAUAUUUCCGUGCAAUGUUCUGUAGCGGACUCCGUGAGAGUAGAGAGCAUAAAGUAACUAUCCAUGAAGUCACCCCCGGUGCCUUGCACCUUCUUGUUGACUACGCGUACACAUUGAAAGUCACCAUCACAGAAGACAAUGUUGUAAAACUACUAGAAGGGGCCAACUUCUUCCGGAUUCUACCUGUCCGUGAUGCUUGUGAAACCUUCAUAUCCAACAACCUGAGUGCUAAACUCUAUCUACAGAUAGUGCGCAAAGGCAACAUACUGUCCUGUCCAGAUUUGGAAAAGAAAGCACAGUCAUAUGCCUUAAAGGAGUUUGCAACACUCAGCAAAACACCCGAGUUUCUUUCUUUGACUAAGGCUCAGCUCAUCAAACUUAUCUCAUCUGACCGCCUCAGUGCCUCUGAAGAAGUCGUGUACACAGCAGUGAUGACAUGGAUCAACCUUGAUACUAAUGAAAGGAAUAAGGACAUGAAGGAGCUGAUGGAACUGGUCAGGUUCCCCUUCAUGGACAUACAGUACUUCUUUGAGAAUGUAGAGACGAAUGAGGCUGUACGCAAGUCUUGUCAGGAUAUCAUGACAGAAGCUCACAGAUGCCAGCACUUUCCAGGAGAGGUCCAGUCACCUCGGACCCGUCCUCGCCAUGCCAAUGGUCUGAGGGAGGCAGUAGUGGUCAUAAGAGGGAUCUAUGAAGAACGCUCCUUCUCUAUGACAAUGACCCACUCUGCUGAACCAACAAGGGCAAGUUGGAUUGAUAUGACUAAGCUCUCUGAACACUAUAGCCAUCUAAGUCCACUUCCUGUGGCUGUCCUGGGCACGAGUGACAUUGUGGUGUCUGAUAAGGGGAAUGUAUGGCUGUACGAGUCUGAACUGAACUCCUGGUCCAGACUUGCUAAGUUGAACUUAAGCCGGUACAAUCACAGGCUGGCAGUGUUAUAUGGUAAAGUGUAUGCCAUUGGUGGCAUAAACGGAGCUACACCAGACGGAGCUACACCAGACGGAGCUACACCAGUAUCAUCAGUAGAGGUCUACGACCAAAGGCAGAACAAGUGGACUGAAGGUGUUCCUCUCCCACAGCCAAGGUCUUGUCAUGCAGUUGCAGUACUGGACAACGCCAUAUAUGUGAUGGGUGGGUGGGGCAAAGAACAUGACGAAUCAAACGAAUCAACAUCCACCGUGUACUGCUUCAGCCCGGGAGACUCACAGUGGCAGUCUGUGAAAGACAUGCCUGAAGCAGCUGGAUAUGUGACUGCCACAGCCCUAAAUGAUCACAUCUACUUGGCUGGGAUACAGUCAUCCAUUUACCGUUACACUCCCAGUGAACAUGGUGGUCUCUGGAGUGAGGUAGUAUCAGGUGUUCUAAAGGACUGUGGGAUAACUGCGUUCAGUGGGAAAGUUUACUUCUAUGGAGGCUAUGAUUCGGCAACUGGUGAUGGAAGUACAGCCGUCAUGUGCCUUGAUCCAGAAACCCAGUCACUCAGCCAUGUGGGAACCAUGGACAAGGGUCUAUACAGCGCUUCUUGCAUCACUAUAUUGAAGUACUGCUGAUGUGCAGAGGACUGCUCUGUUGUAAACCUAUGAAAACCAUGACUCAUAUUUGAUACAGUGUAAGCAGUUGAAUGAGGGGUUCAACCUUGUAUGUGUUCUUGCGUUACGUGACUGUGAUGAUUCUGUUUCUGAUUACUUGGCUGUGAUGGCUUGGAUGAUUCUGUUUCUGUAGCACGUUGACAAAGAAAUAGGAAUGAUACCAAUAGGAGACAACAGGAUAUCAUGACCCUACAGGACUGCAUGUUUGACUCAGAAGUAACAUCCAGUGUAAAUUUGUAUAAGAUGAGAGUUUCUUAGAAGUUUGAGGCUACUUUCUAUUCUGUUCAGUUCUGUUGAAAAGCCCUUUAGUAUAUUUAAUCAAAAUGAUUUAGUUACUUUAGUGAAACAUUUUUAGGUUUUUGUUUUUAACAAACUGACAUAGUGAUACAUAAAAAGUUGCUUAUCCUUGCGGUAUGUAUUGCCUGAUGAUGGCAACGUAGUAUAUUUAUCAUAGGAAAAGAAGGUUUUGGACUUGGCUGUUUUAUGAGCCAAUUUCAUGAGAUGCAAGUUUUUAUAAAACCCUCCCAGGGACAGCCUGCUCU